UUAAAUUGCGCCGGUUGUUUUUAUGUGAAAACGUCAAUUACAAUCGCAAACAAGUUUUAAUAGUAAACAAACCGAUUAUAACAGCGAAUUGAGCCUUAUGUAUCAGAUAACCGUUAAAUACCAUCAGUCAGUCGUCUGGUGCACUGGAAAUUCGUGUUUGUAUCGUUAACCACCAAAUGUCAUCGCAAAAAGAAGAGUUUGUGAUAGAGGGGCCGGAACCCGGCGUAUCUCUAUCGAGCGCCACGUUGGGGUUGGAGAUAUAUUCGGUACUUUGUAGGGCGCCCAGAAGAGCAGUCGCGAUGAUCGACGCGUUCACGAAUUCCCGAAUCACGUACGGAGAAAUCACGCAGCAGAGCUUCAACUUGGCGGAAGCACUCAGACGCAAUGGAUACGUGGGCCAAACGACCGUAAUGGCUAUAUGCAGCGAAAACAACCUCCAUUUCUACGUGCCAGUAUUCGCGGCCGCAUACAACCUCUCGAUAACGGCCACCAUCAACCCCGGCUACACGCCCCAUGAGCUCGCCCACACUUUGAGCAUUAGUAGACCUCGAGUGGUGUUUUGCACGGAAGGGACCGCCCCAAAACUAGUCGACAUGAAGAACCGGCUCGGUUUCAUUGAAAAACUGAUAUUGAUAGGCAGCGACAGAGUUGUCACAGGCACGGAACGCUUGAGGGACUUCGUGGAUGCCGCUCUUGCAGGAGCGGACGUCCAAAGUUUCCAGUUCAAACCGUUAGACGGUGACUCCAGCCGGCUGAUCGCUUAUAUACUGUGCUCGUCGGGCACUACCGGUUUACCUAAAGGCGUUAUGCUGUCGCACAGGAAUAUAAUGCUUCGGAUCACGCACUCAAGAGAUCCCCGUUACCACACGGGCGAGGGAAAUACCACUCUAGGGGUGUUGCCCAUGUUCCACGCGUUCGGCUUCCUGACCACACUUGAGUCCCUGCUUGACCACAAAACCGUCGUGGUGCUCCGACGUUUCGACGAAGACGUCUACCUCAGAACCAUCCAGGAUCACAAGAUACGUUAUCUAUAUUUGGCACCGCCUAUGGCCAUAUUCCUGGCCAAGACGCCGAAGCUUGAGCGGUAUGACGUUUCGAGCGUUAGGCAGCUGACGUGCGGGGCUGCGCCACUCAGCGAGUUGAUCGAGUUCGAGCUGAAAAAACGGUUCGACAACCCUAUAGUCAGGCAAGGCUACGGCCUGACGGAAGCGACCAUGGCGGUAUGCCUCAUCACACACGACAAGACGCAUCACGGAUCUUGCGGUCAAAUUAUGAGCUACAUGAAGUUCACCGUCAAAGAUCCGGAGACCGGACGAUCUCUCGGGCCCAAUCAGGUGGGCGAAAUAUGCCUAAAGGGUUUACUGGUGAUGCUGGGUUACUAUGAAAACGAAGAGGCCACUAAGGAGAGCUUCACCUCUGACGGAUGGCUGAGAACAGGCGACAUCGGCUAUUACGACGAAAAACAUUACAUUUACGUCAUCGACAGACUAAAGGAGCUGAUCAAGUACAAAGGGUUCCAGGUGGCUCCGGCCGAGCUCGAGGCCCUGAUCGUCAACCACCCGAAGGUUCUCGACGCGGGAGUGGUGGGGGUACCCGACGAACUAGUCGGUGAACGUCCGCUCGCGUUUGUCGUCAAGAAGGAGGGAGAGGAAGUGUCGGAAAAGGAAUUGAGGGAUUACGUUGCAGACUUGGUCUCUCCCCAAAAGAGGUUAUCCGGUGGGGUUGUGUUCGUAUCGGCCAUACCGAAGAAUCCCAGCGGCAAAAUUCUACGUAGGCAGCUGAGGGAUUUGCUUGAAUCUCACGUGGGACAAGUCCAACUUGAAGCAAAAUUAGAUAAAAUGUUAUACCGCCGGGGUCAAAUAUUUUCGCGCUACACUCGUAUAAAACAAUCGCGAUGUAGCUUUUUGCGUUUUACAAGAAACUUUAAUUUUUUCCUCGACUUUAACCUUACAACAGACCGUCGACAAUUAUUGUUAUUGUCGCCAAAUUAUCGCGGAGGGUGGGGAAUCCUCGCGGCUUCCACCAUUAGUACUUCAACGUGCGGCACUGGCGGGUUGCUUUUUUUUCAUUAUCCUAGGAUAGUUUCACACUGCGCAAGCGCGAUGAUAGGCCCCGACGAGACGAACGUAUUGGAGCAAGCGCCAUUGGGCGAGUACUUUUUCCGGAAACUCGACUCGAAACCGGACAAGAAUUUCGAAUUUUUGGUCGACCUGUCCAACGGGGUAAGCCUGACGCACCGUGAUUUCCUCCAGUAUUCCGUCAACUUGACCUUGAACCUGGAGAACCUGGGGGUGAAGGAGAGCGAUAUAGUGGGUGUAUUUGCGGAAAACUGCUGGCAGAGCGCAGUCCUUCUCUUGGCCGCGUGGAACUUGGGUGCCUCCGUCGCUUUCAUCAACCCCAAUUUUAUCAAAAGCGAACUGUACCACUCGUUGCGCAUCAAAGAGCCGAAGAUCCUAUUUACGACGACCAACAAGCUGGACAUGAUUGACGACAGUGUCAGCUCGAUUGAACGCAUCGUCCUCUACGACAAACAGACCGAAAACGGUCUCUUGGGGUUCUCUGACUUGCUGUUCCACAGCAAGAUGGACUACAGUACCUACAGGCACAAACAAUUCAACGUCAAGGAGACUGUCGCUUGCAUAUUGUCUUCUUCCGGCACUACCGGCUUCCCCAAGGCUGUGAUGUUGACCCAUGAUAAUCUGAAAUACGCCACUAAGUAUCUGACAGAUCCCUAUGCGAUGGAUGUCAACCCCGAAACGGUGACGAUCCUCUACCUGCCUCUUUUCCACAUACUGGGUAUCAUGAUAUUCAUAGGAGUUGUUUCGAACGGGAAGCAGCUGCUGAUGUGCAACAAGUUUAAACCGGAAGAGUUCUUGAAGACGAUUCAGAACCACAGGGUGACCAAGUUGUUUGUUGUGCCUCCAAUCUUGCAGUUUCUUGCGAAAAGCCCGUCUGUCCAGUCGUACGAUUUGACUUCAUUGAACCACGUCCUCUGCGGAGGAGCACCGGCUGGCAAAGAGGUCGAAGUCGAGGUCACCAAGAGAUUAAAAAACGUCAAAGUGCGCCAGAUCUACGGUAUGACGGAAGUGACAGGAGCGGUGACCACGGUGCCCCCCAACGAGGCGCGGUUCGGCAGUGUGGGAAAACCAUUCGGCGGAGGCCUAAUCGUGAAAAUCGUGGACCCAGAGACCAACCUAACUUUAGGACCGAAUCAAAGGGGCGAAAUAUGCUUCAAAGGUCCACCAGUCAUGAAGGGGUACAUGAAAAACGAGGCCGAAACCAAGAACUGCAUCGACGCCUCGGGGUUCCUGCAUUCGGGCGACGUCGGUUAUUUUGACGCCGACGGCUACAUUUAUGUGGUAGAUAGGAUCAAAGAACUGAUCAAAUACAAAGCUUUCCAGGUCGCACCAGCCGAGCUCGAACGGCUCAUAAUAAAACAUGAUGGGGUGAAAGAUGUCGGGGUGGUGGGGAAGCCGGACGAUAGGUGUGGCGAGCUACCCACUGCUUUCGUCGUCAAGCAGCCCGGCGAAAAAGUUACCGAACAGGACAUCUUGGAUUUUGUGUCAGACAACUUCUCCCACGAAAAACACCUCCACGGGGGCGUCGUGUUCGUCGACGACAUACCCAAAACGGCGAGCGGUAAAAUAUUGAGGCGAGAGCUCAGGAAAUUGCUCGGUACCAUGUAGGAUCUCAUCGAGCAUUGAAAAUAAACUUCUAG